GCCGGAUAAUACCAGAGUUAUUCAGCAUCAAAUACACUCCACAAAUGCCUGAUAUCGCUACUAAACCAUCAACGACCAACUGGGCGGACGACGACGACGACAAUGGAUUUCCCGCUCCCCUCGUCACCGUCAACCCCGACGGCACCAAGACCGUGAUCUCGUACCGCGUCAAUGAGGCCGGCAAGAAGGUCAAGGUCACACAGAAGAUCAAGACGACGACCCAGAAAGAGACCGUCAACCCGGACGUCGCGGCGCGGAAGCGGUGGGCCAAGUUUGGUCUCGAGCGCGGAUCGCGUCCUGGGCCCGAUGCUGCGACUACCAGCGUGGGCGAGAACACCCCUCUCAAGCUUAUCAUCGGAUGGAAGGAGUCCAAGGAGGAAGAAGUCAAGGUCAGCGCAAAGGAAUCGGCAAAGGCCAAGGCCAUCACCUGCCGGACGUGUGGUGGCGAGCAUUUCACAAGCAGAUGUCCCUACAAGGACAGAUUACCCUCGGCCGACGUCGUCGUCGACUCCGCGACCCCGAGCCCAAGAGCAGGCACCCCCGAGCCCGCGGCCGCCGCCAGCUCCGGGUCUUCGCGCGCGCUCAAGUCGGCCUACGUUCCUCCCCAUCUCAGAAAUCGCGGCAGCGGUGCGCCCAUGGGCGAGGGAGAGAAGAUGGGCGGUUACAAGGAGCGGGACGACAGCACUACUCUGCGUGUGUCGAAUAUUGGCGAGGAUGCCGAGGAGCACGAUCUCGAGCUCUUGUUUGGCCGUUUCGGCCGCCUGCAGCGUAUCUUCCUCGCCAAGGACAGAGAUACCGGACGAUCGAAGGGAUUCGCGUUCAUCAGCUACACAACUAUCAAGGACGCCCAGGAUGCUUGCAACAGGCUGAACGGAUACGGUUUCCAGAACUUGAUUCUCAGAGUCGAGUUCUCGCAGCGAAAGCCGAAUGCUUAAAUAGACUGUUUAUUCUCAUCUUUACCGAGUGGAUCUUUAUACGACAUAUGUUUUCGCGAUAUUCAUUGUUUGUUUGUUUGAGUUCUUUGGUUGUACUGUAUUCUUUGAUGCCAGCCUGUCUUUGUUCGGGGAAAGAUAAAUGCCUGCUUCGGACUUUUUAUAUACACUAGUAGUUUAUCGUACAUCACCUUGCCUGCUCGGUUGAUCAUUUGACUCGCUUGAAAGCAACACUCGAUAUGCUUUGGCCUUUCACUCCGCCAAACUCGUACACGGGAUACUUGAUUGUCUCCCAUGGCUCGAAACCUAGUUGGAUCGUUAGUUGAAGCUGUAGGAAUUGAAAAGAGAUUAUCAAGUACCUUCAAUAUCCAUGAUCUUCA